AUGACUGUGAUCUGCAUCCUCAUCUGGACUCUCCUCUGCUGCUGCUUCACAGGUAAAGUCCAGAGAAUCCAACUCCUCUCCUCUAUGAACAUCCGUCCCUCUGAAAUGAAGCCCACAAAACCAUGACGCUGCUUUCUGUGUUUGUCUCUGUAUCCUCAGAGUCCAGAGGACAGUUCACAGUGACUCAGCCUGCAGCAGUGAGCUCUGCUCCGGGAGGAAACGCACAAAUCAGCUGUAGUGUCAGUCAGAAUGUGCAUGGCAAUAGCCAUCUGCACUGGUACCAACAGAAGGAUGGAGAAACUCCUAAACUGCUCAUUUAUGCUGCUAGCACUCGACAAUCAGGGAUAUCAAGUCGUUUUUCAGGCAGUGGAUCUGGAUCUAGUUUCACUCUGACCAUCAGUGGAGUCCAGACUGAAGAUGCAGCAGUUUACUACUGUCAGAGUUUUCACUACCCCAACAGUCAGUAUGUGUUCACACAGUGAAAAAGCGUCGUACAAAAACCUCCCUCAGUCAGACUGAACUGAAACUGAACUGACGGCUGCAGCUGGAGGUUCACAAACACACACACACACACACACACACACACACACACACACACACACUGUUGCACUUCACCAAACCCUCCCUUUAUUUUGAUUAUGAUCACUAUUCCACCAUUAAUUCAUUCAAACACCUUAUCCACUUUAAAAAUACUCUGAAGGUCUUUCAGCAACAUUUGAAGACACUCAAAUGACCCGUUCAAGUAAAGCAAAUAUUUAUACCAAGACAUUUAUCAUAAAAUCAAGUCAAACACAAAGAAUUGUCUUUCUAUAUGAAACUGUCAGUAUCUUCUAUAACACAAAAAAAAAGUUUUUCAGGCUCAAACUUUUUCAAUCACAUCCUCUGAAACAAUAAAAACUGAAUCAUGUUUUCAUGAACCUUCAGGAUCAUGUUGCUGCACUUGUUUAGUGAAGGCCAAAGGAUCAUCGGUGAAUGUGAGACUGAAACCUUCAUGCUGUCAAAGCUGUUAGGGAGAAACUCCAAUCAUAUGUAGAGGACAGUUUCAGAUGACUGACUCUGAGUGUUUGCAUAUGUGUCCUUCCUCUCUGCUCUCAGCUCUUAAGAGGUCAGAGUUCAUGGGUGGCUGUCCAGACCCUUCAGAGACACGGACACGUCCAGAACACAAUGAUGGAGUUACUUAUUGUAGUGGUGGCCGCCCUGGGGCUUCUCAUUCACGGUGAGGAUCACUGCUGAAAACUUGUUUUCAGACGUCUCCAGGUUGACCUCAGUGAUGUUCUGCUGUGAUUUAAAAACCCUGAAAAAAGCUGAAUUUACAGUCUACAAUCUGCUGGGUCUGUCUCAGGAACUCUUCUUCUUUUCUUCAUGUUUUUCAGGUUCAUCAGGAGAUAUCACCAUGACUCAGUCUCCUGGAGCUGUAGCUGUUGUUCCAGGACAGACGGUUUCUCUCAGAUGUAAAGCCAGUACAUCUGUGAGUAAUGUUGUAGCCUGGUACCUUCAGAAACCUGGAGAAGCUCCUAAACUCCUGAUUUAUUAUGCUACAAGCCAUCAGUCUGGAGUUCCUGAUCGUUUUAGUGGAAGUCAGUCAGGAACAGACUUUACUUUGACCAUCAAUGGAGUCCAGACUGAAGACGCAGGAGUUUAUCACUGUGGGCAGCGUAACAGCUUGCCGUUCACACAGUGA